CUCUAUGCUUUGAUUCCUAUUUCAACAAUCUCUUUAACUUCAAAAAAUAUUUUUUAUUGAUAACACUGGGAAGGGAUUUUGUAAUUCAGUAGCAUCUGAUAAACUGAGUAAACUUUUUUCUUUUGUCAGAACAGCAAAACUAAGAAUUAAUCAUUGAAGAGGUAUCCUGAUAAUGUAAAUAUUGUAAUAAGCUAAAAACUGCAGUCAUCUAGAAGAAUAAAUAGGACACAUCAUGUCCAUUUCUGCCCAUACCCGAAAGACCAACAAAAAGAAUUCUCCAUUGGAAUCUAUUCUAAUGCCACAAGUUCCACGCAGUAAUUAUUUGCAUUUACAGGAAGAAAAGCAAAGACUACAACUAAAGAAAUUCCUUCUUCAUAGGAUAUUCCUCGUGGCCAAGAUAACAGCAAACAUGGAAAAAAAAGAUAUUGCUGAAUACUAUGAACAAGUGUUUCAGUCGAUUUUGAAACGUCACCUAGGAGAAGCAGUGACAGGAUUACUGCUCAUAUAUCCUACUUCCAUCCUGCAUAUCCUUGAGUCCUCCAAUGAUACUCUUUAUCAAAUUCUUUCAGACUAUCUUAACCAUGAAAAGGAUGAAGUUGAAUUUUUUAUCCAAGGAAUGAAAAUUAUAGUCACAUCCCACAAUAUCCCAACAAGGCUCUUUAUGCAAUGGUAUAUUUCAGUAAUAAAAGCACCAGUCAUGUAUCUUGAUGAUGUGACACAGUCACAGUCCUUACAAGAGGUCAUCACAGAAUUUCUCAUCCAAACUCAUAAACUAGCACUCCACAUUUUUAAGACUGUUAAAGUGGGCACUAAAGGACCAGGUGAUAAUUUGCACCAAAUUGCACCUGACUUACUCCUUCCAGAACAAAUAAUAAAAUACUUAUGCAAUUCUGAAGAAUUUAUGGACCCAGAAACUUUCAUAAACUUAUAUAAUAAACCCAUACAUGUCACCUUGGAUUCUGAGGUGGUGUGGCCCGCUCCUUCCCGUUUCUAGGAUUAAGAGAAAUGAUGUGGUCAAUGGGAUCAAAUCUCUCAAGGAAUUUAUGGUCCUUAAAUAAAAGGAAAAUAUUUCUCAAGUUACUUUUCUGCUAAAGAAAUAGAACACAACCACACACAAAGAUAAUAGAUGAAUUUUUACAGAUUAUGUUGAGUUAAAUUUGAAAAUAUAUCUGAUGUGAUAUUGAGUUGAAUCCAUUAUAUAAAGGUGAAGGAGGUGAAUAAGGUCAUAAUUUCUCAAAGGUUAACAUCAUUUUGAUGGAUUUAAUUUGUUAAUGAAAAGGACAAAUACUUGAUUUUCAGAUUCUCAUUCAUUCUCUCAACCUUCUAUGAGCAGCUGUCAACACGCAGUACUGUGUUCUGAGAGUAGAAAAUUUCAGGGAAAAAUACAAGCCUUGAGUUGCUUGCAACCUAAGGUUGGAGGCAAGUAUGUGUCAAAAACAUGAUGUAUGAUAUGAUCAUUAUUAGAGUAAGAAUAUGUAGGAAAGACUCUAAGAGCACACUUGAGGGAGUAAUCCCUGUAUGAAUGAUUCCUGAACUCAGAGAACAAAACCUACACUUUGAAAAUAGUUCCAAAGCUCAUGCAGUCUGGAUAAUAUAAUUGAAGCCAUUCUAAAGCUGAAGAAAACAAUAGCUUUUUUCUAAUUAAAGAAUAGUUGAUUUACAGUGUAUUGCCAAUUUGUCUAAUUUGGGCUGUACAACAUAGGGACCCAGCCAUACAUAUAUACAUACAUUCUUUUUCACAUACUAUCUUCCAUCAUGUUCUAUCCCAAGCGAUUAGAUAUAGUGAAGUAAAUCAGAAAGAGAAACACAAUGAAAUGCUUUUUGAGAUGACAAGAAAAUAUACUGUCAGAAAGCAUGGGGUUCAAAUCAUUUCCUGAGCACCCUUCAUAUAACACACAUUUGCCAGAUGACAUGGAUAGGUCAGGGUCCAGAGAAGACACGAUACCUGCUCAUUUGGGAAAGCUAUUUCUAAAUAAGUCUAUGUAAGAUAAACAAAUGGGUUCUUUUUUUCAGUUUACUUCCCAGAGAGCAACUGGUUAUUUGCAAUUUCUACAUGACUUAUUUCAAGUUGGUGUCUCCCUUCCUUUAAUCAGGAUUAAUGCCUUUUUUUUUCAUUGUUUCUUUUUUAGGGCUGCAGGUAAGGCACAUGGAAAUUCCCAGGCUAGGGGUUGAAUCGGAGCUACAGCUGAUGGCCUAUGCCACAGCCACAGAAACUCUGGAUCCAAACUGCAUCUGUGACCUACACCACAGCUCAUGGCAAUGCCAGGUCCUUAACCCACUGAGCAAGGCCAGGGAUCGAACCCACAUCUUCGUGAUUUGAACCCCAUGCUUUCUGACAUGGCCAGGGAUCGAACCCACAUCUUGGGUAGUCGGGUUCAUUUCUGUAGAUCCACAAUGGGAACUCCUGGAUUAAUGCUUUUUUGCACUAUUUAAAAUGUUAGUUUCUUUAAGCAAUUAAACCUACUACAACGAUAUGUAUCCCAAAUUGCUUCAAUAUCCUAUGAAAUAGACUUUGGAUUUAAUAGAGGAAAUAAUGUUAUAUCACUUUAGUUUCAUUUUUAUAUUGCUUAUUUGAUUUUUCAGUGGUGGGAAAAGCCAUCUCCAUAUACACCUCAAAUUUGUCAGAUGCAGAUAAUGUCAUCAUGUGCUCUGUAUCAUAAUCAAAUUUCAGGAAAGACCAUUUCUAUUUCUAAAUGUUGUAAUAAAGACUUAGAAACAGAAUGGCAUUUUUCACUUUUUUUUUUUUUUUUGUCUUUUUGCUAUUUCUUGGGCCGCCCCUG